GCAAAAUCCAUAACUUCAACGAGACGUGAUUCAAAAAUCUUCAAGUAAGCAAAUCCGGAGAGAGAGAGAGAGAGAAAAGAUUUUGAAAUUAGAUUUUCUCUCUCCGAUUAUCUUAUAGUUUCUCAUCCCACCGUCUAUUCUUCGCCGGAGUUAACAGCGACUACACGUUACUCCGCCGGUAACUUUAGCUGCGGCAGUUUCCGAUCUCUCGAAUCGGUGUUCUUCUUCGUUCUCUUAAGACUUAAGAAUCUUUCUUCAAGAUGAUUGGAUCGUUUCUUACAAGAGGAUUGGUGAUGUUGUUGGGUUAUGCAUACCCUGCCUACGAAUGCUACAAGACUGUUGAAAAGAACAGGCCUGAAAUUGAGCAACUUCGCUUUUGGUGCCAGUACUGGAUAUUGGUUGCUUGCUUGACAGUUUUUGAGAGAGUUGGUGACGCCUUUGUUUCAUGGUGGGGCCAUUCUACUAAACAUAAUUACUUCUUUUUUGUUUUUGCUCUCUUCUUAUCUUGUCUUGAUUUAUUCUCUAGGGUUCCAAUGUACAGUGAAGCUAAGUUAGCAUUCUUCGUCUACCUGUGGUAUCCUAAAACCAGGGGCACUACAUAUGUCUACGAGUCCUUCUUUAGGCCAUAUCUCUCACAACAUGAGAGUGACAUAGACCAUAGUUUGUUGGAGCUAAGGACAAGAGCUGGAGAUAUGGCUGUUAUAUAUUGGCAACGAGUUGCUAGCUAUGGUCAGACCAGAAUCUUUGAGAUUCUUCAGUAUGUUGCUGCACAGUCAACUCCAAGGCCGCAGCAGCAACCUCAGAAACGUGGAGGCAGAGCUAAUCAAGUUCCUGUUAAGCCUAAGAAAACCCCUAGCCCUCAACCAAAACCUGAAGAAACAGCGUCGUCUAGCUCAUCUUCAAGUGACAGUGAAGGUAAUGAUGCUACUACCAGUAAAGCAGCAGGCCCUUCAAAAGCUACUCCUGGACCAGCCACAGAUACCAAUAGCGUUGGUAUCACUCAGAUAGUGCAAAAGUUAGUCUCUUCCUCCCCAGCACAAUCAUCCACCCAAGUGGAAGCGGAACCAAUGCAGAUAGAACAAGUGGAAGGAGAAGGGGAAGCGGAAUCAGUGAAUGGAAACUCGAUCCCGGACGGUCCAAAGGAGACGGUAAUUGAGCAGACAAUCAGGAUGACUCGUGGGAGGUUGAGGAAGACGCUGUCAGAGGAAAACCGUUGAAAUAAAAAAGUUACAAAAAAAUUGUUAACUACUCUCACUACAUUUGUGUCUCUUUCUCUCUGCUGCUUCUAGAAUUGUGUUGACAGGAACUAAACUAGUGGGGAUGCUUGUAUGAAAAGUAAAUCUGCUUGUGUUUUUCUGUCUUAUUCAAUUCGUUGCGUUAGGUAUUGCGAUGGGCACUCUUUGUUUUUGGUUUGGUACUCCUGAUUUGGUGGUAGAUUAAUUCAGUUAAAGA